AUGGACGAGGUUCCAAAAUGGAAGACUGAACAAGAGAAGGGUGGCCAGGAAGUGCGGUAUCGCGGCGUCCGGAAGCGUCCGUGGGGAAAAUUCGCGGCCGAGAUUCGCGACUCGACUAGGCCAGGUGGCCGUGUGUGGCUCGGCACUUUCAGUACUGCCGAGGAGGCGGCCCGCGCAUAUGAUCGGGCUGCUUAUGAAAUGAGGGGCCACCUAGCAGUCCUCAACUUCCCUGAAGAGCAUCUUAGCCCUUCAUCAUCUUCAUAUUCAACGCUACCAUUGUCAUACUCAACGUCAUCCUCGGCAUCUUCUUCUUAUUUUUCAUCAGUAUCUGGUGAUACUGAACGGGGGAGUUCUGCAGCCAUGCCUGAAAAACAAGUCUUCGAAAUUGAGUACUUGGACGAUAAGCUGUUGGAGGAGCUUCUCCAAUCCGAGGAGGAGAAAAAAUGAGGCCCCAACUGGCACACGUGUGUAAGACAUGUGCGGUUCACUAGGUGGGUCGCACCAUGAAAACGCUCUUGCCGGAAAGUCAGGUGAGUGGACCAUAAGCAUGCAUCUAACCAAAUGGGUGCCCUACUCCUUGAUUUUCCAUCACGUGGUUCUCAUGGUGUGACCCAUCUGAUGGAUUGCAAGAUCCUUACACGUGUGUCAAUUCUGCAGCAGUCUCACAAUCUGGCAUUUUAUUUAUUUUUAAGUUCUUUCAUGUGUUGUCUGUCCACCCAAUAAAUAACUUCCAACCUAUCAGAUGUGAACAACCAUUCUAGCAGUCUUGGCCUCACCAUGAAAAUAUCCUUCUGCAAAAAUCAGCUCCAUACUAUCAUCAGGUGGGUAACAUCAUAGAAAACAAUUUCUAGCCAUUGAAAUAUAAGCAAAUAAAAGUAUCCACUUGAUGAGUUGCUGUGGUCGAAUUUUUGCACGGGAUAACCCUCAUGUUACAGCCAACCUAUCGGACCUGUUAGAUAUUGAAUGGACACGAAAGGUUAGAAGUUCUCUCUUGGAUGGACAGUUAAUUAUGGUCCAAGCAGUUGGACUUGACCCCUUUAUUUCUUUUGAGUUUGUUAAGUUAAACUACAUGAAUUUGCUAAUUCCCACACGUGUGGCAUAAUUAACUUUGCUUUGAAUUCCAAUGGAAGAUGGUGCGGUGGAAGAUGAACAUGGGAGAGCCAUUUCUCCAUGUUACAAGAGUGAUCGAGUGGGUGAUAUAUCAAUCAGGACUCAAGACCGUUCUUCUAGAAGCUCUAUGAUGGACGGUCCGUAUUCCAAAAAUCAAAGCUGUCAAACAAUCAUAGAUACCAAUUUCUUCACUUUCCCAUCACGGGUGUAAGCCUUUGACCACAUUCAAUCCUGGUGGUUUGUAAUUUUUUUCUUGGUUGUUGGUUCAAAGACCGUCAUUUACCAUUAUGAACACGGUUUUUGGACAAUUGCAGGACGAAUACAUGGAAUGCCGCCUUUGUAAAUUAUAAUUCACCUUGCCACGUGUAUUUUAGAGUAAGAGCUCCACUGUAUCUCAGUUUUACCAGAGUUAUUUUUCAUUUUUUUUUACAGAUGGGGAGUUGUUUGUUACUCUGGCGGAGUAUGGUGAUUCAUACACAGCCACAUAGAAUUUGCACAUUUGGCC